GCGGUGCCGGCGGAAGCGGCCGGGAGGGAGCGGCGGAGGCGGCGCCGGGCAGCGCCAUGGCCAAGUGGGGCCAGGGGGACCCGCGCUGGAUCGUGGAGGAGCGGGCGGACGCCACCAACGUGAACAACUGGCACUGGACGGAGCGGGACGCGACCAGCUGGUCCAAGAGGAAGCUGAAGGAGGUGCUGGAGGGGCUGGUGGUGGAGGGCGAGGCCGGGCGCUGCGAGAUCGGCGACCUCAAACACGUGGAGGGCGAAGCGUCCUGCAACAGCCGCAAAGGGAAACUCAUCUUCUUCUACGAGUGGAACCUGCGCCUCAGCUGGAAAGGUACAGUGAAAGAGUCUGGUGAGAAACAUAAGGGAUCUGUUGAAAUUCCUAACCUGUCAGAAGAAAAUGAGGUAGAUGAUACAGAGAUAAAUGUUAGCAAGAAAAAAGGGGAAGGUGAUGUUCUGAAGGACCUGAUGAGAACUGAAGGAACCACCAAAGUCAGAGAGGCCCUAAGGGACUACCUGAAAGCACUUAAAACAGAGUUCACCUUGGGAAUGAUUCUGCCAACAAAAGCUCCUGGUGGUCAGGAACUGGCCACGGAGCGAAAACCAAGUGGGAGCACUGUGCAGGACUCUGUUACACCACAGUCUCUGGAUAUGGUUGGAGUAAAAAUUCCAACAGUGAGGAUACAUAUGAGGGAAGUCUUCAACUCUCCAGCUGAUGAACUUUACAGCAUCUUCACAAAGAAGGAAUUGGUACAGAAGUUCUCCAAGUGCCCAGCUGUGAUUGAAGCAGAGAAAGGAGGCAAACUUCAGAUGUUUGAGGGCUGUGUCAGCGGUGAAUACACCGAACUGGUACCCAGCCAAAGAAUUGUCCUGAAGUGGCGAUGUAGGAGCUGGCCUGAUGAACAUUAUGCAACAGUGGCCUUGAACUUCCAGGACCUGGUGGCUCAGUCGGAACUGGAGCUGGAAUGCAAAGGGGUUCCCGUCUCCCAUGAAGAGAGUACAAGACAGUGUUGGAAGAAGCAAUAUUUUGAAGAAAUACAUAUUUUACUGCAGCAAUCAAAAGAUAACAUGGAAUGAUAACAGCACUGUAGUUUUGUUAGGGCAUUACUUUUUAUACUUUGUUAACAUUUGGUUUUCUAAAAAAAAAUAUAUAUAAUUUAUUUGUGGGAAGAAUAAAGACCCACUUCUAUGAGACUGUACAUAGUUGAAGCACUAUUUAUGGGUUUUUAGGGAAUGAGAGGCAAGUCAGACUGUUUAUAGACAGCUUUACUCAGAGACAGUGAUCUCUGUUCUGCUUGCCUGCACCUUCAGAAAGAGAUAAUGAUUCAGCUGCAGUGAGUCCUGCCCUCAGAGGCAGGUGAGCUACAACAAUCAAUAGGAAGCAUUUCCAGUUCCUUAAUAUUCAGUGUAUUAAGUGGCAAAUUUAAAUCCCUGUAGGAGACGGAGUUCCCAGCAGAGGUGAGCUGAAAGGGAUUACAAAACUGCUGAUCCAUUUCAAGAAAUGGAGAGGUUUUCAUUUAUAGCCUUGUGGAAUACCUGCUAGAUGCUUUUAACUGCAGGCUCUUUGUAGCUGCAGUUUUAGGAGAGAUAAUUAACAAUGUCAUGUAAUUAUUAGGUCUGCAUGCACUGUAUUCCCUUCCUUGACCUCAGUGUGACAUUUAUUUAGGAAGAAACAAACAGUAGUAUUGCUUUCUUUCUGCAGUUCGGUAAAACCUUCCACUGAAAUGAUUUACAGCCCUCUGCAAUGCUGUACCUCAAAGAGAACAACUGUUAAAGAGAAUUCUGACAGGAACAAAUUGUAAUUCCUAAUUAAACCAUCUCGAGGUGAGCAAGGAUAACUUAGUUUUCAAUAAAUAAAUGAAGUGUACAAAUUAAAUAUGCAAUCUGAAACAAAUUGACCACAGUAGGGCAGACUGCCUUUGGAAAACUUGCUUGGCUUAAUAAAAAUAUGACUUUACAUCAA